AUGUCUUUUCUAUUUGGUAGCAAGAAAGAAGCUGUCAAUCUUGGCGCAGUCGAUAGCGACGCCCUUAUCCAAGUCCUCAAAGGACUUGAUCUUGUUCUCGAUGACCGCAUCCCUGAAGCGCGCGUCAUUUUCCAGUCUGGCAGCUCGUCAUUCCAUCUAGUUGGAGAAGCAGUUGUAACCUUCAUUCAAGGAGUCCUUGGCUUUGAGCCAGAGGUACUCAAGCAGGCUGGCACACAGUUUGAAGCAGCAGAGCUUGCGCUAGACAAGGGCGCUCGAACAGCGCAAAAGUACAGACUCACAACAAGCACAUACCCUGCUGGUCUCGAGUAUGAGAUUGUCCUUGGGGAAUGCAUGUUGAUGCACGCCAUCACUGGCUUUGCCGGCGAAACAAUCAUGAACUCGCUCAAAUCGGUGCUCAAGAUCAAGCGUGCAUAUGCAGUCUUUGACAAGAUCUGGAAGCAGCAUGGCGACAAAAUCCUAGCUAAGCACAGUCAAACGUCAACAGAAGAGCACGAAGACCCUACAGUGCCGCUUGUUGAUGAGGCAAUUCAGUCAGGAACGCUCCUUUGCUAUGGCUUGCUGACACUCAUCAUCUCACUUCUGCCACCCAAACUAGCCAAAGUGCUCAAUGUUCUUGGCAUGCAUGGCAAUCGCCAAAACGCUCUCAAAUUCCUUUGGCUUGCCGCUUCCAAGCCUCAAUCUCUUCACGGCGCAGCCGCCUUUGCUAGCCUUGUACAAUACUAUGGUGGCGCUGUACAGCUUUGUGAUAUAUACAGCACUGAAGAUGGACCAGAUGGAUGGCCGAUAGAGCGAGCCAACAACACAUUGCAACAAGUCAAUGCAUUUUAUCCAAAAGGCAAGCUAUGGGUACUACAUGACGCAAAGCUCAAAUCAAUGGAGCGCAAGCUGAAUGAGGCACUACAGGUGCUAGAUCGAGGCUUUCAAGGGGAAAAACCACAACUCCAGCAGAUUGAAGCGCUCAUGCUGUUUGAGUAUGCGUUGAAUGCUGCGUUUGAUCAUCGCUACAAGGAGGCUGCCGACUAUUUGAUUCGCGUAAGAGAUCAAAAUACUUGGUCGCAUGCGCUCUACACCUACUUUGCAGCCUGCUGUCUAUUGCAAGACGCUCGAGCCAAUGGCGACGCUGCCUCCCUAGCCUCUGCCUCUGCCCUCCUCGAAACUGUCCCUGCCAUGUUUCUCACAAAAGCCAAGAUGUUUGGCGGCGUUAAACGCGUGCCCAUUGAGGCAUUGAUUGAGCGGCGCAUACGGAAAUGGUCUGCGCGACGCAAAGCAACACCUGACGCUGGCUUGGCUGAGUUUGCUGGUCCGAAUCCCAUCAUGGAGCUCAUAUACAUCUACAAUGGCUAUCGCCGUAUGUCGCCUGCCGCGCUAGAAAGGUGGACGCAGGUAACGCCUGCACCAGACAUGGAUGACGAUGAUGUGUUGUGCAGCAAGCUCAUGCAAGCUGUUGUGUUGCGUAACCUUGGCAGACCAAAUGAGGCUGGCACGAUACUGGAGCAAGAUGUUCUUGCACGCAAGAAGAGCGGUACAGAGGAAGUAUGGGCGUUGGCGUUUGGCGAGUAUGAAUACGCUUGCUGCAUGUACUGGGAGGCACUUCCGUUGGAGGAUGCCAUUUGCAAGAAGCAACUGGACGACUGCUACGGGCACCUGCGUGCCGCGGUAGAUUAUGGCGAUGCAAACGAGCUCGAAGGUAGGCUCAAUAUUCGCGUUCAACUGGCUAAGGAAGUGGUCAAGGCGAAACGCGGUACUGUAUGA